CUCGGCGACGAGGUCGACGCGAGAGCCGCGUCGUCGCGCGAGUCUUCUCCGCGAGGAUGGAGCAGCUCGCCCAGUUCGUUUCCAAGAGCUUCGACAACGCGGCUGGCGAACACGCGCCAUGCAGAACAACCACCGAACGACCUCCGUCCGCGAGGAUCACCCUCAGUGUCGCGCAUUUGCUCGGCGAUUCUGCGGAGAACGAUGGCAAUGUCGGUGCAGGGACGAGCGAAUCCGCUCAAGAUCCAUCGAGCGUCGAGGCGAGCAGCGUGGAUGAACCGCCGUCGCCGGAAGGCCGCCUCCAACCGGAAGAUCUCUCCGUUACGACCAAGAGUAAGGAGGCGAAGGACGUGGUUAACACCGUGGACAGCCUUCCGCCUCUAAAAACACCGGAAUUAAAGCUCUCCGUAAGAAAAUUGCUAGGAUGCAGUCCAUCGCCACCACCGAUUUCGAGAGAUCGAUCAGCUAGCCCCGAAAAUUGUGUCGAAUUGAAAAGUCAAGCUUCUAAUGAAACGAAAUCGUCGGAUUUGAAGCUACAGUCGCAGGUUUCGAGGUCUUUGAUGCAGGGACAAGAAGAAAGUACGAAAGGAUCGAACUGCCGUAACAGCGGAAACGGAAACGGGAAACAGAGAAGAUCUCGAACGAAUUUCACUUUGGAACAAUUGGCUGAAUUGGAAAGGCUGUUCGAUGAGACGCAUUAUCCUGACGCGUUCAUGAGAGAAGAACUGAGCCAGAGACUCGGUUUAAGCGAGGCGAGAGUUCAAGUCUGGUUUCAGAAUCGACGUGCCAAGUGCCGCAAGCACGAGAGUCAAUUGCAUAAAGCAGGUGGAAUGGUGCUGGCUCCUCGAAGUCCACCAGCGACCCUGGAACCGUGUCGAGUGGCGCCGUACCUGCCGGCCUUGAGGUUGCACCCCCCAAUGCAAGGUGCCGGUGGCAACAUGACCACCGCGGCAGGUUCUGCGUUCGACCCAGCUGUCCUCCAUUACGCGGCAGCCGGCGGUCUUUUCUGUCUUCCACCACCGCCGCCUCCGCCACCGACGUCCAGUCAUCCGCAUCCUCAUCCCCUGAGUUUGGCGGCUUCGUUGGCUGCGGCCGCAGCACGUUCCAAAAAUAGCAGCAUCGCGGAUCUGAGGCUGAAGGCCAGACGACACCAGGAAGCACUGGGACUCGACAGGCCUGCGUAAAACGAAGAAACUCCGACUUCGAAGUCGACUAACAGCGAUUGUUGCUGUUUCCUUGCACGGUGGUGAGUAUGGUAUCGUUCAGACAGUUUCUCCGUAUGAUUCGUUGGGUUUCGAGGUUUAUUCGAAGAUUAUUUCGACGAUAGGAAGCGUCUUCGAUCUUGCAGAAUAUUUUCUUCCAUUCACUUUUUGGUGUGGAAAGUAACAGGGGUGGUUUGGAGGGGAAAAGUUUGAGAUUGGAUGAAGUAGUUCUCUUUUGGAAUGGUGAAAUUAUUUUAAAAGAAUAAAGUUGAUCGUAGCCGACUCACCACCGUUGUGAAACUGUGCAGGUGAAUAUUGAUUCGCUUAGAGUAUUUGGCAAGCACUUGACUUCUUGGUUGUCGGGUGUUAUCAAGAUACUCGCUUCACGUAUUAAAUUUUUUAACAAUAACGAAGGGAUGUUCUUUCCAAGUAAAUCAUCUUGCAUUCUUUUCUUUUAUUUAAUUCUAUUACAUCUAUCGUAGCUAUUUUUUGACGAUUUGGUGAAGCUCUGCAAAAUCGUGAUGCAAGGAUACUCGUCAGCGAGACAGCUGCAUCAGUUCGUGUCCGAGAAGUACAAACGGAGACUCGAUGUGUAUAAAGUGAACAAUUUCCGGGAGAAGUGUGUAUUAUACAUAUAAUAUAAAGUAUUAUACAUAAAUAUAAAUAGUCGAAGGUCAGUAGUAGCUGGGCUUGGAAAUAACGAGUCGGUGAGAAGUUGCAUCCGUCGGAACGGUCGAAAUUUCUCAUUCCGAGACGAAUAAAUUCUUUGUAUUUCGAUUUCUAUUUUCUUUGUUAAGCCACGAAGUGAAUAUCAACGAAAUUCUGAAAAUGCAUGGAACGAUGUUGUAGAAUGAUGGGUGUGAAAAAUUCAGAGAUUUCGAUAGGUGUCUAGCGUCUCCAGGCGAUUAAAACGAAUUCGGCGAUGGCGUGUUGAGGAUACAUGAUUGUUCUUGAAUACAUGAUUGUCACACUGUAUACUAUUAGCUUUAAAAUAUAUAAACUUAAAUCUUGUGCGAGUCGAUCAUUUAUUGCUCAUUAUCCUGACUUACGACGAUUUUCUGAUUAACGAGUCUAAUAAAAAAUCUAAUCAAAAACCAAAAGAAUUCUUCCACUUACUUCAUAUCGAACCAAUCGAAUGCAGUGGAUUCUCUUAAUACGAAAACAGCAUCCUAAAUCGCGAAUUCUCUGCUUUCUCAGCGUUGGUAACGAGCUCGUGCUCAAGCCAUCCAACGACAAAUCGCGCGUCCUGGCACCACCGUCCAAGACAUAAUUCUUAGGGAUGAUUCACGGCUGGUUGGACAGAAGGACUUUUGGUAGCCGCGAUGCCGAAGCGCCCCCGGGACGCUGGCCAGUGGUAUCGUCGUCGGGGCGCUAAUGCAAUAACGCUUUGGUACGCGGAUAAAUCAAGUCGGCCGAAUCGUUCCACCCAGUCCUGUGCCAUCUAAUCGUGUUACCCCUCUCGUCUCUCGGGCGCCAUUACAACCCAUUACAUCUACCUUCCACUCGUACGUUAGAACGUUACUUCUUUAAGGUUUCUUCCAUUUUUUAGUCUCUUUGCAUCUUCUGUAAUAUCUUUUUGAACACAUUGACGAUUUUAGUGUCAGAAUUCUAUCAUGGACCGGUUAAAACGAUCGUUUUCGUUCGACGGAGAAGAAGAUGAAAGAGAGGAUUUGCUAAAUACUGGAAACAGUAAAAAGUUGUAAAGUUUAAUAUUAGAUUUUUUUAGACACUCAACGAGUCGCGUUGUUUCGCGAUUCGUUAAUGUAUUUUAAUAGGAGAACUUUGGAAGCGUUCGUGUUUUGCAGGUAAAUCAAGCGGGCGAAUCAGUUGGAAACGCAGCGUCGCGUAAUCGCGUUAGCCGGGAUUCAUUCUGGACGCUCCCGAGGGCGUCGUUAUUGUCCUAUCCGUGCGCGUUCGGUCGUACCGUUGCGAAACGCUACGCUCGCUCGAUAGAAGCAUCUGAUUAAAAAACAAAACAACUCCGGAAUUGCUCGACGACUCGGUUUUCAAACUAUAAUUUCAUCCAGUCCAGCUAAAAGCUUCGAGUUUCAGUUGUAUCUAACGGAUCUAACAAAUCUUCCUUUCAACGAUAUAUGAAACUACCAUAAAGAGAGAAAUAAAAGAGACUACCAGCAAAGAUUGCGUAAAAAUGAUCGAUUCAUCGGAAAGUGAAAAACUU